AUGACCGACCUGCUGAAGAGUUUGGUGAGCCGCCUGGAGCGGCAGGAGGAGGCUAUUCUGGCCGAGCUGCGCGAUAUGGAGGCGCCCACGAUGUCUAGUCUUGAUGGCUGCAAGGAGGCGCUGCGCACAUCCGAGAUUGCCCAGAAAGCCUUCAGCCUGAACGACAAUUUCGAACGUACCGAGCGCUUCAGUGAGCGCCUGCUCACCGCUGCUGAUACGAGCUCUUUGGCUCUGGCCAAGCUGGAGUGCUCGUUGAAGGUGGUUGACUCAGUGUCGCAGUUGUACGAACUGGGUUCACGCGUGCUUUCAAGCUACGAGUCCGGCGAUACGAAGCGCGGCGGAGAGGACAUCAGCCGUUUCGUUGCCGUCAUGGAGGAAGCCAAGCGCGACGGGCACUGGGACGAGCUGCUGAAGGUCAUCAGCUGCGGCCACGUCAAGGAGGUGAUGAGCGGCCUGCGUGCUUUCGUGAUCGAGCAGUUGCGUGCGGAGCGUCCGUCAGAGCAUUCGCAGCUGUUCACGCGUCUUGCCGUCACUUUACAGGCCGGUAGUGAGGCGUACGAGUCGUAUCUGAAAACAAUUCGGGAGAAGACCAUCGGCAUUGGGUCUGCAUCGCAUGAAGGCAGUGACCGUGUGAAGCUUGAACGGUUAGUCAAGAACGCCAGCAGUUUGCUGCUGGGCAAAGCGCAGGCUGUGCACUCCGAGUUGGGCUCUGCCGACUACAUCCGCAUCUGCCGUGAGAUCCACUCGUUAACUUCGACGGAGGCGUGCGAAAUCCUGCGUUCUUUCCUGCUUUCGGAUUUCGCGCACUUCAUCAAAGACCCCGAAGGCGACAUCGAUUCGCUAUUAUCGCAGGUUGAGAGCGGGUUUGGCGAUGGCAACCUGUUCGGUGCGUUCCUGGUCGACCUGAAGACCGUGGACCACGUGUUGGACAACAUCGCCACUCUGAGUUCGCUUUGGUUGGAUUACGAGUUUUCGUUUAGAUCGGUGCUGGGCCCUGUUUACCAAACGUUGCUGAUCCAGGGUGAUUUGCAGUCGGAGUUCGGGAAUGACUGCCUGGGCUCCGUGAGCGCGGCUACUCGCGCAAUGCAGUCCGUGCUUUCGUUCUACGUGCGGUUGGAGCACGCGUCUGUUACGCGUGCGCUGAUGCACGCUAUAAACUGCGACUCCAUUUACGUGUCAUCGCCCGAAGACGGCUUCACUGUGGCCACCAGCACCUUGGUGGACGACUCGUUCUUCGUGCUCCAGAAGGCCCAGCAGCGCGCGGUCGCUACUGGCGACGUGCAGGCUGCGUGUGCCACUUUGAACCAGGUGAUUGGCAUAAUCCAGAGCUCUUUGAAGGAGGGCCUGGUUGGGAACUUGUUGGCCAGCCAGAAUAUAUACAAGGUGUUCAUCGAGAACGCGGACAAUUUGGUGAAUGGUUCGUGGUACGUGAUGCUGCAGGAGCACUUCGAGAGGUGCAAGCAACCGUUCCCCGAAUCGGUGCCCUCCCGCUUCAGCUUCAUUCACUGUGUGAACAACAUCGAGGAAUGCGUGAACUUUUUGGGGAAGUUCAAGUUCGAGAUUUCCGCCAGCUUCGAGCGUGAGUUCGUGCAGUUGGACAAUAGCAAGCUGCUUGUUGAGAGCACCCUGGAAUCCCUGGAUGGCGUUUUGGGCGAGUUCGACGAAUUGCUCGAGCUGGCCUGCAAAUGUUCCUUGAACAUCAUAAAGUUCCACAUUGCUGACCCUCUGAACCGCUUCAACGACAUCAAUUUCAACCUGGACGAGGAGUCGUACACGACUUAUCUGUCCGAGAACCCGUUUGUGGAGGAGUUUAUAGUCGUCUUGCGCGGUGUCUUUGGGCACCUCUCGACCUUUUACUCGCCCACCACUCGUUCGCGCUGCAUGGACAUGCUGAUUGAGCGCAUCUGCAAGUUCAUGGAGCAGAACGUGCUGGCAAAGCGCUUCACGAUGUACGGCGCAGUGUACCUCGACGGCGUGGUGCGCUCGCUUAUGAAACUCUGCACGUCGUAUGACCCGCAAAUACGGCACCAGUUCACCUCGUUGCUGCUGAUUAGCGACGUGCUGAACUGCGGCAGUCUCGAGGAGUUGGUCCAAUUCGAAGGCCAGCAGCAGUCCGAGUACGUGGAACGGUAUUUCGCCCUCCGCACCGAUAUCCCGUCCGAGACACCUGAUCCGCAGUGA